GGACGGUGAUGAAGAGGAUUACCAUUACAUUGUUAUUUCUAGCGAAAUUAGUUGCUAUUCUCUGUUAGCAUAGGAUUUUCAGGUCUGAGAUCAGUUAGUCAUUGACCCUGUGCAUUGAUUGGUGUAGGACUGAAAAUGUUAAUUAGUUAAAUCAAGAUGUGAAUCCGAUGUCUGCGUUUUUUAGUUCCUCUGUGAUUUAAGAUGUGACUUCGACCGCUAGGAACAAUGUCAGAGUCGGGCGAGAAUAGCUAUGGCUUAUCAUGCUCCUCCUCUGAGCCGUCAUCAAGUAACCGAAACUUUUGGAGCCGGUGACCCGGAGAAAGCUGCGCCUAGUGGACACCAGUCGAGUUACGGUUUAGUGCAACGCAAUAACAUAGAAAUUAGGGUUAAUAGAACCAUUUCGACCAGGCAUAGAAUCAACAUAGUCAAGAAUGAGUCAUUCUCCCGAAACGGAGGUAGGCCUUUAGAUUUCCUAGCCCCUGGAAGGUCGUUCGGAAAUUUCAAGAGGUGUGUUAAAUACGGUGAAGAUGGAAACGAAUAUUCCGAAGAGGAGGUCUUUAGAAAUUCAGACCUCAAAGGUUCAUCAUUUGUGCAUGAAAAUGGGAAGGAAAAUGUAUUGGAGGCCAAAGUGUCUAAACCAAAGCCCAGCAGAAGUUUUCUGGAAAGAAUUCUGGGGCACAAGAAGAAAAAGACGUCGACCGCCAUUAUUGAUGUUCGAGAACAUAAAAAAGAUGGACCAGUUGGCAACGGACGUUAUCCUGGUUCUUCAGAAACUCCAGUUGGCAUCCAGUCAUCUAGCCAUGGAUCGCAUAUGGCGCACCAUGAUGUGAAUAAAGAAUCUGUAAUUUGGGAAAGACUUAGUAAAGGAAGUAUAUUCCAAAGCCCGGCCACAUCUUCGUUCCCCGGAGCUGCUAUAAGCGCUGUUCCAAAUGAAUUGAAAACAGAAGUGAAGAGAAUUGACCGAGGCGAUCCUAGGCGAAAAGCGCUUAGCCGCUCCCAUGAUAGAAAAUUCGACCCUGGUCUCAAAGCUCGACGGUCUCCGGAAAGAACUUUCAACGCAGUACCUGAUAACAGUCACAGCCAGUCGACUCGGGCGAGUGAUCGUCAGUCUAGCCCAAACCUUCAAAACAGUCAAUCAAUCAGUGACCGAAACCAUAGUGAAUCACUGGAAGGUGAUUUUAGUCCAUCUCGUAAAUCUAGAAAAUAUCGACCAGGAGACACAAAUCCUUGCUACAAACGCUUUGACCCAGACCACUCCCCGCGUAGUCGUCGAGUGGUCCAUGAUCUGAACCACGAAAUUCACCGUAAAGUUUUGAAGGAGACUUACGACCCCAGACUCAAUAGGAACCCGGGUUUGUCUUCGCACCAAGCUUCCAUCCCCGGUUCUAGUACACACGCUGGUCCCACGAAUCCGCCUAGUUUCCGUCAGUACCGACGAGUUAGGAAGGACGUCCGAGAUCAGCAAGGUAGUCAUGAAUAUAAAAGCUCACACACCAGCAGUGGGAAUCGGCGUCCCAAAGACGAUCAUCACCGGAGAAGAAGCAGGAGGAGUCAUCGCUCCAGCAGAGGCACGACCAGUCACCGCGUCUGGGCUAACGGAGGCUUGCCUCACAAAGCGGACGAAAAGUUCUCAACUUUAUCAAGAUAUUGGAGUAUAGAACGCUCGGGCGGUAGUGGUGCCACAGCGUCGGGCGGAAGCUAUGGACGAGUGCGACAAAAUCUACGGGAGCGAGGACAACUAUUUCAGGACCCCGACUUCCCGGCCUCUCCACGCUCUCUGUCUCCCAAAACCAAGCCCAACCAGCCCACUAUUGUCUGGCUCAGGCCUCACGAGAUCUGCGCUCGGCCCAAGUUUAUAGCGGAGGGCGCGACGCGCUUCGAUGUAGAGCGCGGCGAGCACGGCGACUGCUGGCUGCUGCAGGCGGUGUCCACCCUCACCCUCACCCCUAAGUUCCUCGACAGAGUCGUCCCGCCCGACCAGGCCUUCGACCACACAUACUGCGGCAUCUUCAGGUUUCGGUUCUGGCAGUUUGGCGAGUGGGUGGAGGUGGUGGUGGACGACAGGCUACCUACGAACAAGGGAAGACUCGUGUACCUGCACAGCACAGACCCCACCGAGUUCUGGGCAGCUCUCUUAGAAAAAGCCUAUGCAAAACUGUACGGCAGCUACGAGUCUCUGCAGUCUGGUUUCACGACGCGGGCGCUGCAGGAUCUGACGGGGGGCAUCGUGCAGAGUUUCCCGCUUUCACUGCAGGAAAAAUUCCUCUGCUACCAAGUGCUUAAUUCCGCCGUGCCGAGGUCUUCGCUUCUUGUCGCUUCUAUUAACAGCAACAAGGACGGGGGGGCGGCGCUGCAGUUGCGUAACGGCCUCGUGACGCAGCACGCGUACAGCGUCACGGGCCUCGCCCGCGUCAGGAGCAAGAUGGGCGUGGCGCCCCUCGUACGGUUACGGAACCCGUGGGGGGCGGGCGAGUGGAAUGGUCCCUGGAGUGAGCGGUCAUGGGAAUGGGAAUCUCUGUCUGAGCGCGACAAGGAAUUGCUGAGCGUACGAGUACGCAACGAGGGAGAAUUUUGGAUGGGUUUCGACGACUUCAUCCGGCACUUCAGUCAGCUGGACGUCGUACACGUUGGCCCCGACGACUGGAUGAACGAACCCGCGCUGCACUCCAAGAAACCCUGGCGGGCUGUGCUGGCCCGCCGCCGCUGGAGGGCCGGGUACAACGCGGGGGGUGGGCCCCAGUACGCGGAUACGAUAUCGCACAACCCCCAGUUCCACGUCCAGAUCCCUAGAGCAGGACUCUCCAAGUGUCACGUGGUCGUGUCAGUGACACAGCAGUACGAGACAGCUCUUACAGCCUCCUUAAGUGCACUCAACAACUCCCCCAAUAACACAAUCACCAACACAAUUGCCAGCAAUAACGGCAGCAGCGCGGCGGCCGAGAAGAGGAGGAGAAGAGUCUUGCAUCCAAUAGGCUUCGCUGUUUAUGAAAUUCCCGCUAAUCUUUCGAGACUUACCCCAACAUUUGUCAAUAAUCAGGUGCCGUUGGACGUGACCAACUACAGCACGGCCAGGGAGACGGUGACGUUCUUCACGCUGCCCCCCGGCGACUACAUGGUGGUGCCCCACACGCAGCACCCCAACUGUGAAGUACGCUUCCUGCUGCGCAUACUGACGGACGAGCAGAGCAGCAUAUGGGAAGUGAACGAGGACAACAUGGUUUUCCGCUCGAUGAGUCUCAGCAGCACCGAGGAUAUUAGCAAACCUUCGCGGGACGGGCGGCAGGCAGUGCAGCGGCUGGUGAGCAAGCUGCCUGCUGAACUGGACGCCACGACGCUGCAUAAGCUGCUUGCCAAGAACUGGAAGUUUUUGCUGCUGGAGAAGCCCUCCCUGGAGCUGGCCAAGAGCCUGGUCAUGCUGCGCGACUACAACAUCAGCGGCAAACUGGCGGCCACCGAUGCGCCGCCUCUGCUGCUCAUGCUCCAGUUCUGGCGGACGGCGUUCUCAAAGUUCGACCGCGGCGGCGUAGGCAAGACGAGCUCGUACGCCCUGCGUGGGGCGCUAUGGGAGGCCGGGGUGACUGUGAGCAACAAGGUGCUCGAGUGCCUCGUGCUCAGGUUCGCUAAGAACAGCGUGCUCACCGCUGAGGCCUUCGUCAUGGCCAUGGUCAGGCUGCAUCUCGCGCACGAGCGCUACCACAGCAUCGAUACGAAAAUGAAAGGCAAUCCACUAUCUUUAGAAGAGAUGAUCCUGAUGACGAUAUAUUCGUGAGUCUCCCCUUCAGCCGUGACCUGCGCUCUUGUUUAAACCGCCCAGUUUUGAGAAUGACGAGAAGUCUCUUUUAGCCUGCAAGAAAAAAAUAAGAGCGUACAUUUAUGCCUAAUUUCAACAAAAUAAUAUAAUUUCCAAAAUUUUUACAAAUAUUUCACGCUUCAUCUAGUGUAAAUUAUACCGGAUAAAGAUACCAGUUUUCAUUAUUCACGAUUCACAAGUUUCGAAAAUAACUGUUAUUAUUUGAAUUAUAAAUUGAAAUAUAAGUCUAUACUGCCUGCUUUGCCGUACAAUCCAAAAAAAAAAUCUUAAAGUUGAACGAUAUCUAAAUAUUCCUACUCACCACGAAAAAUGCACACCUACGAGUCGAGUUCUACAAUAACUUUUCAUUCCCAUUAGUUACCUUCAUUAUUGUUAUCAUUUUUAACAUUACUCAGACUGAAAAAUCUUUAGUGAAUUCGGUAAAUAUGAAAUAUUAAUAAAAAACCAUGCUUGUGAUAUCGAUAAUUAUUCACUGACAUGAGUUACUAUUGUGGAUACCUUUACUGAAUAUGAACGAAUCUGCCUGUACGUCGAACGUUGCUUCCAUACCGGGUAUACUGGAUUUGUGAACAAAAACUGAGUUAGUUUCUCUGUAAAGCGCGGAGUUUCUUGCCAAGGCUCACGAAAAAAGCGAUGCUAUUCAUACUGUAAAUAUUGUUCAUAUGCCAUGAAGUCGACCAUACGUGAAGCCCCGCUCCCUUUACAGGUGUGAGGAGCUUCAGAUUGCAAAUAAUGUUGAGCUUUCGUUGCAGAAUAAUAUAUGAAAGUUUAUAUUACCAUUAGGUAUGAGCAAUUAUUUCACAGCCAAAGUUGUGCUACUUUUAAGGUAAUACAAUUUGUGUACAUAGAAUGUUUUUGUAGUUAAUUUUUCUGAUUACUAAUGUGUAAAUGCCCUCUGAAGUAUCAAGUCUGUACGUUGUCAUUGAAAGAUUCAAACAUUAAUGUUCCCAAUGAAUGAAGACAAAUUUUUAGGCGAUUUGUUUGUAACUACCAAUUUCCGACGUAACUUUAAUUUUGUCGUAAAAAUAUUCAUCAUUAGUAAUUAAAAAGGGCUCGGCCCCAAGCUCUAAUAUCUCGAGGAUCAAUCUAAUCUAACAAGAUUGUUAAUGUAUCAAAAAUAGUAGGUUAAUAUGAAUUGUGCCACGAAUACUAUUUGUUAUUCUUCUAAUUAUAGGUUAUCGCCCGUGUAGAGAUAAUAUACCCAUGAUAUUUUAUAGGAUAAAACGCGAGCUCACAAAUUAUAUAUACUUACCGUUUAUGCCACACAAUUUUCUGAAGACAGUUCAAACAAUUGAACUUGCCCAUUACGUGUUAUUUCGAGCCAAAGACUUUUCAGCUUACUUGUUCACUUGAAGCAAUGCUCCUGCCAGCAACUGUUCAUACAUUGCAGUGACCAGUUACCAACGCAAAUUUGUUCAAUUGUAAAAGUCAAUUCACAGAUUUAAAUUACUUUGCUGCAAUUGAAAUUCAUUAUAAUUAUUAGGGCCAUGAGUGGCAUAGAAUUAUUUAAGUGCCGAGAUUUCUGAGGUAAUUAUAAACUUGGAAUUUAAAUUGGCAUGAAAAUAGAGGGGUAUUGAAGAAUGCGUGAAAUAGUACCAAUUAUUUAAUAGUUAGUGUUGAUGUGAAAAGAAAUUAAAAAGGUUUGCUAAAGUCAGACUGAAUUUAUUUUGUCAUGCCCUUGAAAGCCCCAUCAUAAUCAAUACAUGGAAUUUGGCAUUUGAGCUUGCUGGGAUUCAAUUUACAUAAUUUUAGUUUUUGU